AUGAAUAAAGAUAAUUAUUAUAAAUGGGUCACAGAAAAAUUACUACCAAAUUUAAGUAAAAAUUCUGUUGUGGUAUUGGAUAAUGCGACUUAUCAUUGUCAUCAAUCUAACCGUGCUCCAAGCUCAAAUAGCUUAAAAAAAGACAUGGUAAAUUGGUUGACUGAAAAUAAUAUAAGUUUUAAUUCAACUAUGUUUAAACCACAACUUUACGAUAUAAUACGUAAACACAAACAAGUGCUUGUUAAAUAUUCUUUAGAUGGUAUAUUAAGUAAAGAAGGCCAUGAUAUUAUUAGACUACCACCGUAUCAUCCGGAUUUAAAUCCCAUUGAAAUGAUUUGGUCACAAGUAAAACAGUACAUUGCAAAACAAAAUCAUAAUGGUAGCAUCAAAAAAAUCGCAGAACUGUGUAAACAAAAAAUGGAAUCUAUGGGUGAUUCUGAGUGGGGAGCAGAUUGUGCAAACGUGAAAAAAUUAGAAGAAGAAAUGUGGAAAAAUGAAAGUUUUAUGGACAUCGAAAUGGAUAAAUUAACAGUAACGUACGGAGAUGAUACAACUAACGAUAGUGAUACAAGUACUGAAGAUGAAGACGAUGAUUUGGGUGUAGCACCACUACAGCCAUAA